CUCUCUCUCUCUCUCUAAAAGAAUAAAUGAGGGGCAGGUCGCAGUAGCAGGGAAGAGGGCAGGGAGGGUAAGCAGAAGAGUUCCGGCUCUCAGUAGAGCGCUGUUGAUGCUGAAGAAGCCGGUGAGGAUGGCAGACCAGCAGCAAGAGCAAAAUGGGGAGCAGAAAAGGAGGAAAGGAGGGCUCAUCACCAUGCCCUUCAUCUUCGCGAAUGAGGUGUGUGAGAAGUUGGCAGUGGUGGGGUUCGGAGCAAACAUGGUGAGCUACUUGACGCUGCAGCUGCACAUGCCGGUCACGAAGGCCGCAGUCACGCUCUCCAACUUCGGCGGAACCGCCAGCUUGACGCCGCUGCUGGGCGCCUUCAUAGCCGAUGCCUACGCCGGCCGCUUCUGGACCAUCGCCGUCUCCUCCAUUAUCUACCAAAUCGGGAUGGUUUGCUUAACAGUAUCGGCAGUGCUGCCUAGUUUGAGGCCACCACCUUGCAGCAUCGAUGCAAGUGGGAAGAAGAUCUGCCUAGAAGCGACCACGUCUCAGUUAAUGGUUCUAUAUGUGUCACUGUUGCUUACAGCCUUAGGAGCCGGCGGAAUCCGGCCAUGCUGCGUCGCCUUCGGGGCCGACCAGUUCGACGAAAGGGACCCCAAGCAGAGCACAAAGAUAUGGAACUUCUUCAACUGGUACUACUUCUGCAUGGGGUUCUCCAUUCUACUUGCAGUGACCGUCAUCGUCUACAUCCAAGAGAACGUAGGAUGGGGAUGGGGGCUGGGCAUCCCAACGGUCGCCAUGUUCCUCUCCGUAAUCGCCUUUGUAUUGGGGUACCAACUCUACAGAAACUUGAAGCCCUCUGGUAGUCCAUUAACCAGGCUGGUUCAGGUGUUGGUUGCAGCCACAAGGAAGAGAAAGCUGCCUAACGCGUCCGACCCGAGCUUGUUGUAUGAGAAUGAGGAACUGGAUGCCCCAAUCUCCAUCUCCGGCGUUCUCGUCCACUCAGAUCAAUUCAAGUUCUUGGACAAGGCAGCGAUCGUGAGCGGAGAUGAGAGCCGGAAGGCGGCAGAGGACGUCAACCUGUGGAGGCUGGCCACCGUUCACAGGGUGGAGGAGCUCAAGUCAGUGAUAAGAAUGGUGCCCAUCUGGUUCGCAGGCAUCAUCCCCAUCACGGCGUCGGCGCAGCAGGGCACCUUCCAGCUGCAGCAGGGCCGCACCAUGGACAGGCACCUCACCCCUUCCUUCCAGAUCCCCCCGGGCUCCAUGUCCGUCUUCACCUUGAUCUCCAUGCUCGCCACCAUCUGGGCCUACGACCGCUUCCUCAUCCCCCUCGCCCGCCGCUUCACCGGCCUCGACCGCGGCAUCUCCUUCCUCCACCGCAUGGCCAUCGGAUUCGCUAUCUCCGUCACCUCCACCUUCGCCGGGGGCUUCAUUGAGCAGAGGCGCAAGCAAGCGGCGGCGGCCGCCGGCCUGCUCGACCACCCGGACCACACCAUCCCCAUUUCGGUUUUCUGGCUCAUACCGCAGUACAGCCUGCAUGGGAUCGCCGAGGCCUUCAUGUCCAUCGGCCACCUUGAGUUCUUCUACGACCAGGCGCCGGAGAGCAUGCGCAGUACGGCGACGGCCUUGUUCUGGACGUCAAUAUCCGCCGGCAGCUACUUGAACACCUUGCUGAUCACCUUGGUGCACAGGACGACCGACUGGCUGCCUGAUAAUCUCAACAGGGGGAAGUUGGAAUACUUUUACUGGAUCAUCACCAUGUUGCAGGUGUUCAAUCUGUGCUACUACAUGCUCUGUGUGCGUUACUACACCUUCAAGCCGCUGAAGCUGCGUCCUCUUUACUCUUCCGCCGACGAUCAUGUGGAGCUUGCCGCUGCUCCGUGAAGCGCUCUUACCGGAGGCGCAGCUCCAGCUUCCCAUAUUUACCUAGUAACGCAUUUUGAAGAAUAUAUAUAUAUAAGAACUUGUUCGUGUAUAGAAAUUUUCAUGAAAAUGGUUCAACCUUUCAGUGGGUACUGCUUACA